AUGAUCUUCCUCCUCAAAGUCAACAAUACAACUGACUUGCAACACCAUUCCACAAUACCAAACACAGUUUCGGUCACGGCAGACUUUUCUCCCACCAUGUCCUCAUCUACCAACGAACUCUCGGCGGGAUCACAAGCCCCAGUUCCCAAUUCCGUUCCCGAUUCCAUCGAAUCUCUCAACAUAAUCGUCAAUCAACUGCCAGAUCCAGCUUGCGAGCUUUUCAACCCUAAUCCCUACCCUAUGGGCUUUUUGCUCUUUCCACUCCUUCCAUUUGAGCUCCGUCUGCUUGUCUGGAAGUUUGUCUGCUGUCUUCCUCAAAGAAUCGACAUCUUCGGUCUAUCUGCCUGGCCUAAAGGAUACAAGAAGAAGGUUCAGGGUUUCAGGUUCUAUGAACGCUUCCUUGGAUUUAUGUGCGAAGGCCAAAACCCUGGAGUUCUGACUGCGGACCGUGAAAGUCGAACGAUAUCAAAGUCCAUUUACCAGCCACUUCUCCGCAUCACAACCAUGCAAACUUCGGUGCGCUAUUUCAACCCAUCUGUUGACACCAUAAAGUUCGAGUUUAAGUGUGAUAACAAAAGAUCCAUACCAGCAGAAAUAUUUGCUCCAGGUGCAGCGAAAUCUAUUCAGAAUUUGUUGCUCAGCCAAACGUGCUGGGGAUCUGGAGGGAUAUCUCCCACUAAUCGCUUCCUUUUUUGCUGGAAUAUUGAAGGCCAUGUUCUCCAGGACGACACGGCAUUGAAGACACUUGAGGAGUGGCAAUUUUCAGCCGGAUUGCGUUUUCCAUCUCUUUUUGGUGGUUUACGAAACUUGACUUUUGAUGAUCUAUAUUUUCUCGAGAAAGGGCAACGUUUCCCCGCGCCAGUGAAUGAUAUGGAGGGCAUCAAAGAAAUCAGAGAUCACCUCGUCGAACAGUAUAAAGCUUUGAAAGCCAAAGACCCUACGGUGUUUCGACCCGCUGUCCGCUUAGAACACUACAACGGGAAUUCUGCUUGGGAGUUAGCUGAUACGUAUCAAGGUACUAAGGGGCCCUAG